AUGGCUCCGCAGCAAAUUGUUCGUCGGUGGCGUCGGUUCAAAAAGCGUUUCGCGAAAUUUCUAUGCACUGUACGAGGUGAUCAAUAAUUUUUUGCGCAAAUCCGCUGGUAGAUCAAAAACAAAAUGUCGUUUCAACUUUUUUUUUCUUGUUAGCCUCUCAAAACUUGGCCCCGGGGGGGGUUUUUUUUGUGGCGAAAACAAAUUUGCAUUGUUUCUUUUCGAAUUGCGUCCCUUCAAAUAUUGUAGACUCGCUCUUCUUCUUCAUUUGCUUUUCGAAUGCUGACAAUUUUUCAGAUCAAAAUAGACGGCACAUGAUCGGCGGUGCGAUCGUCACCGUUUUGGUGACGUGGCACGUGUGUCGUUCGGCCGGCGCCGAGGAUUUUAUGUACGCUUCUUCUUUUUUUUUGGAAUUCUCAUGGCCGUGACCUAACUUUUCCAGUUUUCAGACCCGUCAACGUGACCGAGGGCAGCGGAAGUGGCCAGGAGGACACGGUUAGUUGUUGCCGCGAAAAAAUCGAUAAUUCCGCAGCACGCUUAAAAUUCGAGAAUUUCCAGGCAAUCUGGUCGAAUGACUUGCCGCCGUUGUCAACCGAAAUCGACCUUUUGAGGUCGACCACCCAGAAAACUGUCACCAAACGGGCCACGUCGACUUUUGUGAGUUGGGAGGGGACGAGAAAAAGCUAGGCCACCAAAAAAAAAAGCCCGAAAAUGUCGUUUUUCAGUACAACGGAAUUCUGGAUCGUCAAUUUUUCGUCGCAUUCACCUACUCGAAAGCCAUCGUGCCGAAGACGGCGAUCACUCCGCUGAAUCGGCCGUUGCAGCGUGGCAACGGCAUUCCGCAGACGCAGUACAUUGCUCUCUGGUCAGUAAGUACGCUCUACCGGGCAUAACUCGAGAACCAGGCGUUUUCGAGAAAAAUGAUCAACUGGAGAAUUGAUCAGCAUAAAAUUUGCCGCAACUUUCGAGUUGAACACUUUUUGAAAUAAUCAUUGGCUCUUGAGAUGUAGGCCUUCAAAGUUGAGCUAUUGUUUUGCAGGGCGCCACGUGGCCAACCGCCUCACUGGGGAGCGAUUUUUGUGAACGCGCAGAACCGGUUGGACGGCAGUUUCAUUCGGAACGGACGGAUUUACAAUUUAUCCGCGCCCGACAUGCAAAACACGCCCGUUCGACUCGUCCAGUACGUCGGAAAUGAGCAGGAGAACAAUUUUCGGUAGAUUUUUCGUACAAGUGCGCUUCGUGGCUCUUCUGGCGGAAAAUUCGAAUUCAAACUCUCCAAUUGCUUUCAGAUUCGCGUGGAUCAAAGCGAUCGAUGUGGACAUGGCGACGGUGGUUUCCGAGAAGGACUACUCGAAGGACUGCAGUCCACGCAUGGCUCCCGCAGUACUUCAGGUCUGAAAAUGAUGCAAGUCACGGCGACCAAAAGUAUAGAAAAAAACUAAUCUGAGACGCGUUUUCUGAAAAUUGCCGCAAUUUCAGCACUUUUCCGAUAUUUUUGUGUUUAAUAUCGACGAAAGAAGACAUUAAAGCGAGAAAAUAUUGAAAUUUUCGUGAAAACGCCGCGUUUGAGACGUUUUUGACAUAUUUCGCAAUACGCCCUCCGCGGAAGUGAUUAAGCACGUUAAUACAAGUAUUUUAAGCGUUCAAACGGCAAAAAGUAUCGGUGAAUGACUGAAAUUCGCGCAUUUUCAGCACAAAACUUGAAAAUCGAUUCAAUUGAUUCAUUCUCUGAAUGAAACCUGCUCGUUUUACGCUCAAAAAGUGCGCGACGAUUAGUUUAACAAAGUUAUGCAAUUACAUUGUCGAAAUCGUACAAAAUUUCGGUAAUUUUUGACGAAAAACAUGAAAAAUGGGGUUAAAUUUUGAAGUUCGCGCCAAAAUGGUGAUAAACCGUGCACGCUAUGCCACGCCCCUUUCUACGUUUUUGGUCGCCGUGCAAGUGCGCUUCAUCGACAACGUUUUUCUUUUCAGGAUCACGGAUACGAGUAUUUGGGCGAAGCGGAUCUCGACAAUCGUGUGUUUUACUACGUCGAUCAAAACUAUCCGAACCAUGUGAAUGGGGUCGGUUUUGGGAUUCAAAUUGUCGCAAAACGUUCUCCCAUUUUUGCAGAGCCUCUUCACGAACAACGUCUACUUGCUGACGAAGCAACAGUGCCAAUGCUCAUGCCCGGCCACUAGCUACUAG